AUGGCCAUCACGAAUGGUGGAAAGCAGAAGAAGUUUGGCUCCAAGGGAGGCCAAAAGAAGGACAAAGACCAAAAGGGGUCCGGUGCUCAACAGGGUCAACAGGGUCAGAAAGAAACCCGGACCUGCUAUAACUGCGACAAGGUCGGAUACCUUGCCGCUAAGUGUCGCGCUCCCAAACGGGAAAGGAACAGCGGUUCAAAGGACGGCGAUCAGAACUCGUCAGGUUCGUCAACGAACUACGAGGCCAUGGCGACGACCAGGAUCACUCCGACAUCGAGUCGGAAGUGGAUGUGGGACGAGGAUUACUAUCGACCUAGUCGGCGCGUAGCUCCUGAGAUCCCCACCCCUAGUCUCUCUCCACCUGUCGAGGAGGAGAAAGCCCAAGUUGAGCUUGCGGCGUUCACUGCAGAGGAAGGGGAAGUAAGUGUACCCGAUUCUCGGGGAUGGCUCGUCGAUAGUGGAGCCAGUAACCACCUCACCCCCUCCCGCAACCUACUGUCCAACAUCAGACAGUGUGAUCCACCCGUCGAUUUCGGUACGGCGUCAUCUAAGAGCAGGAUGACCGCCCGGGAAAUGGGUCAAGCAACAAUCGAGCUUGACAACGGUCAAAUGGCCACACUAUUCCCCGUAUAUCUCGUACCGAACGCUAGACUGAAUCUCCUUUCAGUCAGCUCAGCGACGGCGAAAGGGUGGCAAAUCAGUUUGUCAGACACCAUGGGUCAGCUAUUCAAGGGCCAUCGGCGUCUUACAUUCUCCCGGUUCGAAAACCACUGGUACAUUCCCCCGUACCUUGUGAGGCAUGAGGCACUAGCAGCCACAGGGCCAACAUCCGGGAUGAUAAGGUCUAAGCUCGAGGAGGAGCAUAGACGGCUCGGCCACAUCGGCCGGACUAAACUGGAAGAGCUUGCCAAGGCCGGUCAGCUCCAGUAUCCUUGGGAGGAGCUCAAGGAGGACAACUUCAAGUCCUCAGACUGCCCAACUUGCCAAAGUUGGAAAGCAGUUCGUCCUCCAAAGGACAAUGCACCCAAGCACCCCCUGUCGCAGGGUAUGCUGUUGCACGUCGACAUCGCCGGUCCUUUCGAUCCGUCCAGGCGUCUGAAUAGAUGGAUCUUGGGUCAAGAUCCAGACGUCAGUGGAUGGAUCGUUCUCGUCGAGGCGACGAACGAGAUCAUCAGAUCUAGAGACGUCAAACCUCUCACAGGUUCAGUUAGUCAGGAGCCUGAAGUGAGCGCAAUUGGCGUACGCACAUCCGUAUCCAACGAGGAGGAGAUGGAAGAUGAUGUCGUCAUAGAGGGAGAUGAUGAGGAAGCAGAGGGAGAUGAGGACGUAGGAGGAGCACCGGAUAUGGACGAUCCACUGUCGGAUGUGUCAGCCGAUGUGUUCACCCCACCUACACCCCAUUUUCAAAUUCCUAUAUCUUUCGAGCGGGUCAAAGGUCCCAUACAACCUGGAUAUGACGAGUCGACGCAGCAAUAG